AUGGGAGUUGUCAUUUCGAAGAGCACCCUCAACCCGCUGUCCUUCGUGAGCACCAUCAUAGGCUUUGUCUCAUUUGUCUUCACGCCGGGGACAUUCCUGAAAGUACAUGCCUACCUCACGAACCUCCGGACAGAGCUGCUGGAAGAGAAAGCCAGCAUAAAGAUCAUGAUGAAACAAUGCCGCAAAUAUCAUCGCUUGGCCAAGGCAGAAGGGGGAGAAACGUUGCUUGGUAUCGAGUUGGACAAUGUGACACUCAAAAAGAUGGAUGAUACCAUCAAACACUUGAUGAAACAGUUCAAGGAGUUGGAGAAGCCGUUCUUGCAACCAGGCACUGCUGGUAUCGAUGGCUGGAAAGACCACAGGCAUCGUCGGCGAACUAGCUCGGCCUCGCCGUACUACGAACACUCAGCUUUGCGUCGCCUCCGGAGAAAGCCGCCGGACGAACUUGCAUAUGACGAAGCAUUCUGGGCGCAACGAACGCAGUAUGCCGAGUUUGAUUUCAAAAGACGAUUUACUUGGUUGACGAAGAAGUCCGAGGCGCAGAGCCUCUUGAAUGCUCUGAGCAGAGUGCAGAUUCGAAGGAUCGCACGUCAGGUAGGCGGCAUGUCGACAUUGAUGCACGAGUAUGGAUCCAGCACGCUUCAGACAAUGGAGGCAGUCAGAAGGAUGGAUGACCGGAUGAGUCGCAUUGUUGGCAUCCGCCGCGUUGAUGAUUGA